AUGAUGCUCAAGCUCAGCCUCCUCCCCGCCCUCGUCUCGGCGCUAGCUCUCGUGGCACAACCAUCUACCGCUGCGCCCUCUGCUGUUAGGGGCUUCGUAACUGCCGGCGAAGACUCUCGUCCUGUUGUGCGUGCCACUGCCAAAGGAGAGCUCCAAGACUCGCUCCUCGACGAACGCGGCGAGCUCCUCAAAGACGCUCGCAUUCUCCUCUCAUCCCGUCAAAAUCCCGGUUUCGCAUACGGUACCCAGAAGGUUCGAGGUGUGAACAUCGGUGGAUGGUUGGUUGCCGAGCCAUGGAUUACUCCCAGCCUCUUUGAUAAAACUGGCGACUCGCGUGUUAUCGACGAGUGGACCUUUGGACAGUAUGCUUCCAACGCCUACGGCAGACUGCAGAAGCAUUGGUCCACCUUCUACACCGAGUCCGACUUUGCUCAGAUCGCGGGUGCCGGUCUCAACCACGUCCGAAUCCCAAUUGGCUACUGGGCCUUUGACACAUCCGCCGGCGAGCCGUAUGUCCACUCCAACCAGAGCGACUACCUCGAGCGUGCUAUCCAGUGGAGCCAACAGUACGGCCUCAAGGUCCUCAUUGAUCUUCACGGCGCCCCCGGCUCCCAAAACGGCUUUGACAACUCUGGCCGCAAGGGCUCAGCCAACUGGCCCAACGAUCAGAAGAAUGCUGACCGUGCCGUCGCUGUCAUCUCUGCCAUUGCUGCUCGUUAUGCCAAGUACGAUGGCACUGUCACCUCGAUUGAGCUUCUCAACGAACCUGCUGGCUUCCUAGGAGGCAAUCUGAUUGAAUUCACCAAGAGUUACUACUUCAGCGGGUACUACAAUGUCCGUUCCAAGUUCGCAAACGCAGCCAUCAUGAUCCACGACGGCUUCAUGGGACUCUCUUACUGGAACGGCGUGGCCCAGCCACCACAGUACCAGCAGGUGUUGCUCGACACGCACAUCUACCAGGUCUUCUCCCCAGCUGAGGUGGCCAGGUCUGACGACGAGCGUCUGAACACCUACUGCGGCCAGGCAGACGGCCUCGCCUCGUCCAACAAGAAUCUGUGGACCGUUGUCGGUGAGUGGACCACCGCGCCCACUGAUUGCGCCAAGUACCUAAACGGCAAGGGUGUAGGUGCGCGCUACGACGGCAGCUAUCCGGGCAGCUACUAUGUUGGCAGCUGCAACGGCAAAACGGGCAAUGGCUCCAACUUUUCGGCUGCGUACAAGUCGAGUCUGCAAAAGCUGUUCGAGACUCAGAUUUCGGUGUACGAGCGUGCCUCGGGCUGGAUCUACUGGACCUGGAAAACCGAGCAAGCCGCUGACUGGGAUUACCAGCGUGGCCUCAAAUACGGUUGGAUCACGAGGAACCUCAACUCGAGGCCCAACGCUCGUUGCUAA